ACAAAUUACAUCUACCAUUUAAGGAAGGUGAGAGAGAGUGCAUAGUCGUGUUUGUCAAUGGCGAUCAAAGCGGGAAAGGUUUUGAGAACGGCGACUGCGGCGGCGAGGAAGUUCCAACAGAAACAGUUCUCAGCCACAUCUUCGGCACCGGUGUCUCCAUCUUCCGGUGUAGGAUCAUUUCUGGGUAUUCCCAAGAUUCGUCGCUCGGAAUCCGAUUUAUUAAUCUCCAAGUACAUCAGACUUGCUCAGGGUCGGUUGACGAAGAAGGGUGAUUUCACAGAGGAGAAGCUUACGAAAAUGUUGUCUGGUGAAGACAGGGUAGGGAUCGGUGAGACCAUGAAGUUACUCGAGGGUCGCAAAACUGGAGUAGAAUCUUCUAAAAAACCAAACACCGCUCGAUCCAAGAAGUAAUUCCUCUGUUUCCAUCAUCAAGCUUUUGCAUUUCUAAUUUGUUUUUUUUUGUUGGAUUUCUUCAACAAUUAGUUGUUGUAUGAAUCACAAUAUAAAUCCAGAAGAUCAAA